GAGAGAGGCUGUGCCCAGGACCUGGUAGAAUUUCCUGUGACCAACUCCGAGGUCCACAAGGACCAGCCUCUCGGGAAGAAAACGGGGAAUACCAACAGCACACAGAUAUCACCACAGAAGAUGGCCCUCAAACUCAGAACUGGCAGUGAGGUGACUUUCCAGAUCAGUGUGCAGCAGACAGAGGACUACCCUGUAGACAUCUACUACCUGAUGGACCUCUCAGCCUCCAUGAUUGACGACCUGGAGAUGAUUAAAGACUUGGGCUCCACCCUGUCCAAAGAGAUGGCAAAGCUCACCAGUAAAUUCAGACUUGGAUUCGGGUCCUUCGUUGAGAAACCAGUCCUCCCGUUCAUUAAGAUCACUCCUGGAGAGCUGGAGAACCCUUGUAGGAGUGUGGAUGAGAGCUGUCUGCCAACAUUUGGAUACAAACACGUCCUACCUCUCACCAGCAGCACAGAGAAGUUCAACAAUAUCAUCACCAACCAGCGUGUGUCUGCCAACAUCGACCUGCCGGAGUGUGGCUUCGAUGCCAUUAUGCAGGCUGCUGUCUGUGGAGACAAGAUAGGCUGGAGGAACGACUCCAUGCGCCUGCUGGUGUUUGUGAGCGACGCCGACUCUCACUUUGGGAUGGACAGCAAGAUGUCAGGCAUCGUCGUCCCUAACGACGGGGAGUGCCAUCUGGACAGCAACAAUGAAUACUCUAUGGCUGCCCAUCUGGAAUACCCAACUCUGGGACAGCUGAUGGAUAAACUGGUGGACAACAAUAUCUUGCUUAUAUUCGCUGUGACGGAAAAUCAGAAACACAACUACGAGAACUAUGCACAUUUCAUACCUGGUGCCACUGUGGGGGUUUUGGAAUCAGAUUCAAGGAACAUCCUGGAACUGAUUGUGACGGCGUAUAAAGAGCUGCGCUCUGAGAUAGAGCUGGAGGUACUAGGAGACACGGAGGAUCUACAGAUCUCCUUCACAGCGAUCUGUCAGGAUGGCACGGUACUACCUGGACAGAAACGAUGCUCCAAUGUCAAAGCUGGAGACACGGUCUCCUUCAACGUGACUGUAGAACUCUCUGAGUGUCUCGACGGUCCCCAGCGUUUCCUCAUCAAACCGGUGGGCUUUCAGGACCCCCUGGAGAUAGACCUGGAGUCCCUGUGCUCCUGUGCCUGUCACCAGACCCCCGAACCCAACAGCAGCCACUGCAGCCUGGGCCGUGGAUCUCUGGAGUGUGGCUCCUGUCUGUGUGAUCCAGGGUACAUGGGUUCCAAGUGUGAGUGUACGGAGGAGAGCGUCCAGAGCAGUAACUGCAAGGCCAGUGGCGCUCCGGAGUCCUGUAGCGGGCAAGGGGAGUGUUUCUGCGGCCAGUGUGUGUGUCACCCGUCUAGUUUCGGACGCGUCUACGGGGCCUACUGCGAGUGUGACGACUUCUCGUGUGUGAGGUUCCGAGGGGUCCUCUGUGGAGGUCACGGGGACUGUGACUGCGGCGAGUGUGUGUGUCAGAGCGGCUGGGCGGGGGAGUACUGUAACUGCAGCAGCAGCAGGGACAAGUGUGUGUCGGAGGACGGAGCGCUGUGCAGCGGACGGGGGAAGUGUGUGUGCGGGAAGUGUGUGUGUUCCAUGCCCGGAGCCUCUGGAGACACCUGUGAAAGGUGCCCUACCUGUGGAGACUCCUGUAGCUCUGCUAGGACCUGUGUGGAGUGUCAUCUACAAGCAGAAGACGAGGCCACAGAGGAGUGCGUCCAAAGGUGCAGCGUCCCUCACGUCUUCGUCAACAAUUCCACAGAAUACGACGAGAGCCGGUCCACGCUGUGUACCCUAAUGAGUGAGAACAACUGCUUCAUCUCGUUCAGUGUGGUGGCUGGAGACAUAGGGAGCACUGUGUAUAAUCUAAAGAUGUACGACUGUCCUGAGCCCCCCAACAUAGCUAUGAUAGUACUGGGGGUCUCUCUGUCCAUCCUCACCAUCGGCCUCAUCCUGCUGGGGGUGUGGAAGCUGCUGAUCUCAGUCCACGACCGCAAUGAGGUCGCCAAGUUUGAGGCCGAGAGGGCAAAGGCUAAAUGGCAGUCGGGUACAAACCCUCUGUUUAGAAGCUCGACAUCAACGUUUAAAAAUGUAACUUAUAAAAGCGCAGGGGGACUGAAAGUUGAUAUUCAUUCAAUGGAUGGCUACUGAUGAUGACAUCAGUGUGUGUGUGUGUGUGUGUGUGUGUGUGUGUGUGUGUGUGCGUGUGCGUGUGUGUGUGCAUGCGUGUGUGUGUGUGUGGUGUAAGGACAAAUUGUAAACACCACAAUGUACAACAUUGUAUCACUCCUAAAGGUCUGGAUCUUCUUCAGGGAUGCUAUCUCAUAUCAGCAGACAGAAAAUGGAAUGUCUAGCUAUGAAUCAUCUCUACAUGAAAUGACUUUGAUUUUGCUGCUCUUGAAGUUGUCUCUGGUACAAACACUCUGCUGAACUGAACACUGGAUUUUCCCAUUUAGAUUGUUACAGAUUUAGGAUCUUAAUUUGAUCACCCCGUUGCAGGAGAACUUUCCUUUCCUGAAAUGUCAAAAUUGUAGUGUAUUUGAGGUUUAAAAAGGUUUCUGUAGUUUGUAAUUUCCGCUUUGAAAUUUCAGACUUGAUUUUCCCUUACGAAAAAUAUGUAAACCUCUACAAAAAUAUCCAAUAUCCAUGUGUAAUUCACAUAAUUAUUUACAUUUCUGGUUGCUGCAGGAUUAUUUUCCUGCUGUAGCAAACUGGCUCAAAUUAAGAUUUUACAUCUUUAUUUUUUUGAUAGAUUUUGGGU